UCAGUUGUUUGAGCGCGAGAGUGAAACAACGUAGUCUGUUUUCGGUCGGUUGUUCGGAAGUUUUUGUUUUUAAACCACCAUCAAAAUGAGGGAAAUUGUGCACCUUCAGGCGGGCCAGUGUGGAAAUCAAAUCGGAGCCAAGUUCUGGGAGGUGAUAAGCGACGAGCACGGCAUCGACCCUUCCGGGACGUACCACGGGGACAGCGACCUACAGCUGGAGCGCAUCAACGUGUACUACAACGAGGCAACAGGUGGCAAAUAUGUCCCCCGUGCAGUGCUGGUGGACUUGGAGCCAGGAACAAUGGACUCCGUGAGGUCCGGCCCCUUUGGCCAAAUCUUCAGACCUGACAACUUUGUGUUUGGCCAGAGUGGAGCGGGAAACAACUGGGCCAAAGGCCACUACACCGAGGGAGCCGAGCUGGUGGACUCGGUCCUGGAUGUGGUGAGGAAGGAGGCAGAGAGCUGUGACUGCCUCCAGGGCUUCCAGCUCACACACUCCCUCGGAGGGGGAACCGGCUCUGGCAUGGGGACCCUGCUCAUCAGCAAGAUCCGCGAGGAGUACCCGGACCGCAUCAUGAACACUUUCAGCGUGGUGCCUUCGCCCAAGGUGUCGGACACAGUGGUGGAGCCGUACAACGCCACCCUCUCCAUCCACCAGCUGGUGGAGAACACAGAUGAGACUUACUGCAUUGAUAAUGAGGCCCUGUAUGACAUCUGCUUCCGUACACUGAAGCUCACCACGCCCACCUACGGGGACCUCAACCACCUGGUCUCUGCCACCAUGAGUGGGGUGACCACCUGCCUGCGCUUCCCCGGCCAGCUCAACGCUGAUCUGAGGAAGCUGGCUGUCAACAUGGUGCCCUUCCCCCGGCUGCACUUCUUCAUGCCGGGCUUCGCCCCGCUGACCAGCCGUGGCAGCCAGCAGUACAGGGCGUUGACGGUCCCCGAACUCACCCAGCAGAUGUUCGACGCCAAGAACAUGAUGGCGGCGUGCGACCCCCGCCACGGGCGCUACCUUACCGUCGCCGCCAUCUUCAGGGGCCGCAUGUCCAUGAAGGAGGUCGACGAGCAGAUGCUGAACGUGCAGAACAAGAACAGCAGCUACUUCGUCGAGUGGAUCCCCAACAACGUGAAGACGGCCGUCUGUGACAUCCCGCCGCGCGGCCUCAAGAUGUCCGCCACCUUCAUCGGCAACAGCACGGCCAUCCAGGAGCUGUUCAAGCGCAUCGGUGAGCAGUUCACCGCCAUGUUCCGCCGCAAGGCCUUCCUCCACUGGUACACGGGCGAGGGCAUGGACGAGAUGGAGUUCACGGAGGCCGAGAGCAACAUGAAUGACCUGGUGUCCGAGUACCAGCAGUACCAAGAGGCCACUGCUGAGGAAGAGGGCGAGUUUGAGGAUGAGGGGGAAGAGGACAUGGCCUAGACACCGACCGACCGUGACGUCUUCUUUCUUUCUAUGCAACAGUUGGGGCUCGGCAAACAUGGUUCAGAUUGUCGUAGAAUGAUUGUUAUCCUGCUUUCAAACAAUAAUUUGGCAAACCGUUGAAAAGAAUCUCACAGUACUUCCACUGAUGAGCAUCAAAAGAUAUAAUAUUGGACUCGUGUCCAGCCUUAGCAGGGAGAGGAAAGGAUUUCUACAGCCUUGGUUUUUAAAUGUUUGUUCCGUCUCUUUUCUGUCUUCUCACUUCCUGGUGUUGGAAUGAAACUAUUUCAUUCAGCGAAAAAAAAGACCUCCAUGCACUAAAAGUUGAAAGUUACACAUAAUGUCAGGAAGUGGUGAGCGCUACAUUAUCGACUGUAUAGCUGGUUUUUAAUAAAGAUUUUAUGAAUUUGUUCUA